UGGCAGGAUACUACUGCUAAGUGCUCGUGCUGCUGCUGUGUUUACCUAAAAUCAUCAGUAUUAUUCACUAUUCACCCACAAACACUCCUACCACCAAGCACUUUCCAACUUUCUGUGCAAUUCCCCAGCUCUUUCCCGUUCUGUUGUGUUUUGGCGCUGCCCACCUUAAAACCUUCCUUUUCAACCUCUCACCUACUUUUCUCUCUCUUCUUUCUCACCACUACACAACACUCAAUCUUCCCACACGCUUCAACGCUCUCAACCCAAAUUCGUCAGCCUCUCCAGUUCGCUCUUCUGCUCGCAGAUUAUCACGAAGCUCAUCACAUACCUGAUUCAGUCUUCUAAAGUCACCCUUCAAUCCAACAAAAUGAAAUACUCGAUUGCUCUCAUUGCUGCUGUCAGCUCCCUUGCCGCGGCUCAAGCAUCAGGAGGGGAAUCGGGUCCGGCUGGUCACUGGGAUUACUCCGCCCUCUCAGAGUGUGGUCAAACUUGCAUUCGGAACAUGCUCCAGCUUGCGCCCACUCUUGGUUGCGAUGAAGGCGACCAUAACUGCUACUGCUGCAACGCUAACUUCGGGUAUGGCAUCCGCGACUGCGCCAAUGAGGCUUGCGACAAUGAGGAUGCCGUCAAGGUGCUCCAAUGGGGUGCAGCCGCUUGUGGGAACUCCGUCGGCGCCAACGGAUGCCCUCCGGACUCAACUCCGGCUCGAUCCAUCAUUGCCGGCGCUACCCAGGGCGGUGGCGAUGCCAUUCCCAGUGAGUCCUCGGCUCCUGAUGCCACUCCUACUAGCGACGUGAGCGAGUCCGCUUCCUCUGUUGCCAGCGACGCGUCCGAAUCUGCCUCUGGCAUCGGUGAAUCUGCGAGUUCUGAGGCCUCCGACGUCUCGAGCUCUGCCUUUGGCGACGCUUCCUCGGCUCCUUCUAGCUCGCAAACCAGCGCCCCGUCCUCUCGGACCUCCCCUGCCCCGACUAGCCCUGCAGACGAUGAGGCGGUUGCUGCGCCCACCAACGCAGCGCCAUUCAAGACUGCCGCGCCCGUCCUCGGUGCUGGUGCCAUGGCUGCACUUCUCCUCCUCUAA